AUGGCGAGAGAAAAUAAAAUGAAAGUCGAGGCGUGGCGAACGCGACGGGCGGAGAAAGAGGCGAGGACGAGAGAGACGGCGGAGAAAGAGGCGCGUCGAGCGGCGGCGGUGCGUCGAUCGGUGUUCGAGGAGGGGCGAGAGGCGCGGGAGGCGCGAGCGCGAGCGCGGGCGAACGAGCGAGCGGAGCGGGCGGAGAAAGAGGCGCGCGCGACGACGAGUGGACGUUCGAACGAGGCCAUGUUGACGUACUUCCGAGCUCGAGACGCGAUGGAUGUGCGGCGUCGGACGGAGGAGAUCGAAAGGGCGCGGGGUGAGGAGGAACGACUGGCGCGCGAGUUGCGUUUGCGCGCGGCGACGUCCAGAAAAGCGCCCGUGGUGCCGAGGAGCGUCGAGCGCGCGGCGAGCGCGACGGAGGCGUGGCUACGGAGACGCGCGGCGACGAUGGAUGAUCACUUUAGGGUGAUGGAAGACGAUUUGGACGUUUUCGAACGGGCGAAUCGAUUGGGAUGGAUCCUGAACGCGCGCGAGCAUCGGCGCGCGACGCCUAGGUGGCGAACGAUUGAGCCGGGCGUCGCUCUGCGCGAGUACUGA